CAGUUCAUAUCAGUCUAGUCCUUUCUUUCUCUCUCUCUUUUGCUUUGUGCAAACUUUCUUUCAAAACUCAUUAUCAAAGAAAAAAGGCAGAUCCAAGGAAGGUUGUUAAUCUGUCAAUCCCAUCAAUCAGUCAACCAAACACGACCAAUCAUCAAUCAAAUUUUUAUAAAAGAAAAGUUGAAAAUACAUUCUAAUUUGAUAUGUCAUCCUCUUCUUCUUCUCCUACUUCUUCUACUACUACUACCACUCAGCAGCAGCAGCAGCAGCAGCUGGACCACCACCUUCCCUCACCUGAGCAGCUCUGUUAUGUCCAUUGUAACAUUUGUGACACUGUCCUUGCGGUCAGUGUUCCUUGUUCUAGCUUGUUCAAAACUGUGACUGUGCGAUGUGGGCACUGCACCAAUCUGCUGCCUGUCAACAUGCGUGGCUUGCUUUUGCCUUCCGCUAAUCAGUUUCAUCAGCUUGGCCACUCUUUCUUUUCUCCUUCCCAUAACAUUCUGGAAAACAUCCCAACGCCAAAUUCCAAUUAUCUCAUCAACCAGUUCGCAGCUACUAACACUUUUGGAAUGCCAUCUCGAGGAGUUGCUGAUGAGCUCCCUAGGCCACCAGUCAUCAACAGACCUCCGGAGAAGAGACAGAGAGUGCCCUCUGCAUACAACCGCUUCAUCAAAGAUGAGAUCCAACGCAUCAAGUCAGUGAAUCCGGAUAUAUCCCACAGAGAAGCCUUCAGUGCUGCUGCUAAGAAUUGGGCACACUUUCCACACAUUCAUUUUGGUCUCAUNACAAAAAAAUUGAAACUUUUUUAG